CCACAAACUUUCCAUAUAACCAUUCCACAUUUACCUUGCCGGAAAGCCUGAAAAUGCUGGAAAUCACAACUCACUGGCAUCUCCUGGAUGGCAAUCUGCAAGAUGUGAUAAAUAUUGCUUAUCUGGACGGGAAGACCACAGAACUUCCGGAAUUCCCAACAGACAUCGUGGAUGAGGCUCGUACAAUUGUCCUGGAACGUGCUGGAGAUGAGGAUCAGUGUAGUCUCAACAUUCGCUGUGUAAAUGAUCUCAUUGUCUCCAUCAGCUUUGCUGUUUCGUACUGCAAAAGAGCUGAGAUCUUCACGGGGAUUUCCUCAGUGUACCGGGAAACAAUCACUGGGGCAGUUUACAGUGAGAUCAACGAGCUGGAUGUUUACAGAUAUGAUAUACGGUUCGAUAAAGGAGAGUCCUUGGUCACAAUUAAACUCAUUCCUCAAGACAGUACCAUUGUAAUCUUCGGGAUCUUCAUCAAUGCUGUGGAACGCCUGAAGAAUACCAUGAAUCCUCCAACAAUGAUGGAUUUCUCAGGAGUGGAGAACCUACUGAAAGGAACUGGAAUAGAACUAUCGGAAAAUGCCCUGAAAUGCAAAGAUUUCCUCCAGAAAGCCAUGGGAGGCGCUGGAAAAAUGAUUCCCGGAGCUUUUCCUGAAAGUUUCCCUUCAGGCUCAGCACAGACGACGACACAGCCAAAAGAAGAUCUCAAAAGCUUUCUCGACCAGAGAUUGCAGCAAAUGGAAGAGAAGCUGACCAGGAGGAUUGACGAGCGACUAAAUGAGAUGGAGAAGCGUCAAAAUGAAAAACUAACAGAGAUUCUCAAACAAAUUCAAUGCCUUCAGGUGGAGAAAUAAAUUUAAGAUUACAGUU